AUGGAGCUCCCCCUAGGGCUCUGGCUCUGGCUCCAUGUGGCCAGCCUGCCGCACCAGCCUCUGACGGGAGAGGCCGGCUACCGGCUUGUCCGAUGGCCCCAGAGCUUCCCAGCGGCGCAGGCCUGGUGCUGGUUGCACGGGGGGUCCCUCCUCCAUUCUUGGGACCGCCACACCAAAGCUUUCCUGCUGCGCAGCCUGAACAGCGAGAGCAAGAGCUGGAUCGCUCCCAAUGCAGAAGUGCCUCGGGCGCCAGAGGAGGCUGGCCCGGGCCAGGGGCUGUUGCCUGAGUGCCUGAGCAUCACCCGGAUGGGGGACCAGUUCUGGGCCAGGGAGGAGGCGUGCUCCAAGAAGCUCCCCUUCAUCUGCCAGUCCGGUGAGGAAGUGUCCCGGGGCGGGAACAGGCCACCGGAGGUUGCGCAGAGCGGCUUCCAGCCCCCGGCCGAAGCUGCCGUUAGCCCUGGCCCCCGGCCACAGCCCACCCGCCCGACCACGGCCAAGGGGCCAGGAAGUCCCCCGCCACACUCGACCGUGGGACCCGUCACGCUCAGCCCCCGGGACGUCCCACCUGAGGACAAGGGAGAGGCCCUGGAGCAGCUGCUGCGCCAGUUCAACCAGACGGUGCCAGCCCUGGGCCACUCUCUGGCGGUGGAGAGGGCAAGCCGGGCCCUGCGGGAUUUGACCAGCUCCCCUGCCUCUCUCUCGGAGGAGGACCAGCCCAAGCCCCUGACCGUCACCUUCCCCUCCGCCUCCGCCCUGGCCCCGCUCCUCAGCCGGCACGGCCAGGCCCCGCUCCAGGUCCAGGUGGCCUCCUUUGCGCUCGACCCUUUCCAGCCCCUCGGCGGGAAGGCCAUGGCCAGCGUGGCCAGCGUGGCGAUCCACAGCAGCAGCGAGGGGCCCGUCGGCGUCCACGGCCUCCUUGAGGAGAUCGAGAUCCUGCUCGGGGGAGAGGGUGAAGUGGAGGGUUCUGCCACCCGGCUGAAUGGCAGCAGCGGGCAGUUCAGCAUGGAGGUGAACGUCACGUCCCUGGAGGAUGCCCUGCUGGUCAGCGUGAGACCUGCCGCCCCGCUCCGAAUCACCCUGCACUUGGCGUCCCUACCAGAAGCCCACCACGGCCGUGGCUGCCUCCUCAACACCACGCUGCCCAAUGGCAGCUGGCAGGAGGAGGGUGCCUACGUGUGGGUGGUGCCCCCAGAGGAGCUGCGGCAGCGGCUGCACGGCCCGGGCACCUACUCCCUUUCUGCGGUGGUGGCCUCACAGGCCCAGGGCCCCAGCAACGUCUCCGUCGCCCUCGCCAGCACGGGCUGCUACCACUGGGCCAGCCAAGAGCAGGCCUGGAGAAGCGACGGAUGCCGGGUGGGGCCCCGAAGCACCCUCCGCCAGACCCAGUGCCUGUGCAGCCACCUCACCUUCUUGGGCCGCUUCCUCGUGUUUGUGCCCCACGUGAUCGACCUCCAGCGCACGGGCCAGCUGCUGAGCCAGGUGGGCCAGAACCCCGUCGGCCUGGCCUUGCUGUGCAGUCUCUUGCUGGCCUACGGAGCCCUCCUCUUGUGGGCCCUCCGGAGGCAGAAGGCAGACAGGAGGAAGGUGACGGUCACAGUCUUGGCGGGUCAUGCCGGCAGUGCCUCCUGCCGCUGCUACCUGGUCCAGGUCUUCACGGGCUACCGUCGAGGAGCAGCCACCUCAGCCAAGGUGGUCCUGACCCUGUACGGGGCGGAGGGGCGGAGUGAACCACUCCUCUUGCAGCACCCGCAAGCGCCGAGCUUGGAGACAGGCGGCAUGGACGCCUUCCUCCUCACCACCCAGCAGCCCCUGGGCGCCCUCCAUGCCAUCCGCCUCUGGCACGACAACUCCGGAGCCAGCCCCAGCUGGUUUGUGCAUCGGCUGGUUGUCAGUGACCUGGCUGCCAGGAAGAAGUGGUAUUUCCCAUGUGCCUGCUGGCUGGCGGCGGACAUGGAGGACGGCCAAGCGGACAAGGUCUUCGUCGCUGCCUCGGACAGGGAGCUGCGGUCCUUUGGGUACCUCUUCUGGACGGGGCUGGUGGAGAAGCUGACGCAGGAGCACCUCUGGCUGUCGGUGGUGACGUGUUCGGCUUGGAGCCCCUUCACCCGGGUGCAGCGGCUCUCCUGCUGCCUCGCUCUCCUGCUGUGCGCCAUGCUUGUCAACAUCAUGUUCUGGAGGGGGGCGGCAGAGGAGGAGGAGCAAGCACGGGGCUCCUGUGCAGCAGGGCUGUCGGCUGCCCCCAGCCGGGCUCUGAGGGGUCUGUGCCCCCUCCUGGCAGGACCCUUGGUGGUGGUGACUUGGCAGGAGCUGGUGGUCAGCCUGGAGGCAGCCGUCAUCCUGCUGCCGCUUCACCUGCUGAUCCUGCACAUCUUCCGGUGGGUCCAGCCACCUGCCCUGGAGCCGCCUCCACCUCCUCCUCCUCCUCCUGCCGUGGACCCCCAACUCCCGCAGCUGGAGCCCUCAAAGCAGCUGCCCACCAUCACGCCCCUUCAGCAGGAGCUGACGGAGACCGUGGGCUUCUUGUACAAGAAUCCACUGUGCCGCUGCCAAGACCUGGCCGAGUUCCCUGGGACUUGGAAGCAAGUGCCGGAGCUGGUGGCCGGCCUGUGCGCUCUCGUCCGCUCUUCUCUCCGGCAGCUGGAGGAGGACCCUGAAAGACUUGUGCAAGAGCGAUCCAGCACUCUCCACGGCUACUUGUGCCACGUAGUGCAUGACCUGGAGGCUCAGCUGCGCAGCCUGGACGGGCACAGCCUUCAGAACCCUUAUGACCACCUGCAUGCCCUGGACCAGCUGCACCGACUCCAGCAGCAGCUGCAGCAGCUGAACCCCCAGCUCUGCGUGAAGCAGCCCAGACUCAGGACCUCUCCUGAAAUGCAGCGUCAGCGAGUACAGCUCACGUUCCUGGCCGUGCUGAUGGUCCUCUGCUAUGCCGAGAGGAGCCCCAGCGAGUUCCACCUGAACGACGCCCUUCAGAAAAGCUUCACGCGCCACGUGGGCAACAUUCGGCAUCUCGAGCAGCUGUACAGCUGGGCCAGGCGCACCCUGCUGCCCAGCCUCUACUCGGAAGGUCCGGCCAGGGAUGCCAGCGCUUUCCUGGUGGGCAGUGUGCGGCUCCGGCAGAUCCGGGCUGAGGAGACGGGGCCAGCAUUCUUCUGGCCCCGGCAUGAGGACGACAGAGGGUGCCCCCGCCCCCACUGGGGGCCUCGCGGCAGAGCACAGGAGAACGCCUGGGUCUACCAGAGUGAGACCACCCUUGCAGAAUACCCGACCAGGGGGACGUUUGCCGUCUAUCCAGGAGGGGGCUACCUGGCGGAUCUUGGCAGAAAUGCGAGCCACGCCAACAGAAUCCUCCAUGCUCUGGCACAGGAUAAGUGGCUGGACCAGUGCACGACAGCUGUCUUGGUGGAAUUCACGGUCUACAACGCCAACGUCAACCUCUUCUGCGCCGUCACGGUGAUGCUGGAGAGCAACGGGCCAGGAGCCGUCGCCAGCUCUACCGCCCUGCAGAUCCUGCGGCUCUACCCCAGCAGCCAGAUGCUUGUUCCGCUGGCCUGUGCCCACCUCGCUUUCCUCCUGCUGCUCCUGUACGACAUUGUGGCGCAGGGCCGGGGCCUGAAGCGGCAGAGAUGGAGGCACUUCCGCGCCAAGGGGAACCUGCUGGAUGCCUUCAGUGUCCUCAUCAGCCUGACCGUGGUGGGCCUGUAUGUGAGGAGGGGGCUCCUGGCAGCCAGUGUCCUGAGGGAGCAUCGCCAAGACCGCAGCAGGUUUCUCCGGGUCUCGGAGGUGGCAAACACAGACGCAGCGCUCACCUACCUGAUUGCCUUCCUGGUGGCCUUGACAACCGUCAAGCUGUGGAAUCUGCUUCGCCUGAAUCCCCGGAUGCAUCUUGUCACACGGACCCUGCAGAAGGCCUGGGACGAGAUCCCAGGAUUCCUGCUCACCCUUCUAGUGCUCCUGAUUGGCUAUGCCUUUGCGUGUAACCUCCUGUUUGGAUGGAGCAUCGUCAACUUCAAGACCUUCUCUGACUCGGCAGUGACCAUUGUGGGGCUGCUGGCUGGGAUAUUCAAUUAUGAAGCGGUCCUUGCCCUGGACCCUGUGCUGGGCUCCCUCCUGCUGGUCACCAGCAUCCUCUCCAUGGUGUUUGUGGUCCUCAACCUGCUUGUCUCUGCCCUCCUGACAGUCUUCAGCAGGGAGAUGAAGGCUGUUUCCGAGGAGGAGUCCAUGGUGCAGCUGGUGCAGCUGAAGAUCUCCAGCUUGCUGGGAAUCAAGCAGGGGCCCCCAGUUCCUGCCUGUGGCGGAGCCGCAGAGGACUGAACUGCGGCCCCCUGCCCCCGGUCGUCAGCACGGGGUGGGUUGGAGU